AUGGCAAGCCAAGUGAGCGAGGUGCAGCUUCCGAAGGGUAGACUAUAUCGCAGCAGAAAGAAUCGGCCGUGCGACUUUUGCAGAAAACGAAGAAUGGCCUGCUUGAAAGAGGAGAACUUUGACAAAUGCAUAGGGUGUCAUUUAAGAAACCUAGACUGCACUUACGCUAUGGCACCCAUCAAAAAGCGGCAAUCACGUAAGUCUUCUGAUGCUUCGCCUCCGGCUUAUAAAGAUAUUGUGCUAGAAGUGCAAAGUGCAAAUCCGUGUGUUUUCAAAGUCGAAUCCCGUCCGCACUCAAUCUCGCAUGAACGAAAUGCUCUUGAGCUACACAAUGGGAAAAGAAGCCUUUUUGUCGGAUUCAGUGGAGAUCAAGACCCAUGGCUACUGAAAAACAUUGUUCAGCAAAUCCCAGAGGACAACUCAGAUACCAAUUAUGCUCUGAAAAACUCUGAUGGAGGACCUCAAGCCCCAAUAUUUUUUGCCGUGUAUCCGACUGAAUAUCUGGAUCCACGCCCCGGAUAUUAUUGCGUGGAUUCAGUGCAGGAGGUAGCAAAACCGUUAGAGAAAAGCAUCAUCUCCACUUUCUUUUCUGUUGUGAACUGUGCUUAUCCUCUAGUCAACGAAUGCAAAUUCUAUGAAGAAAUGAAUAUGAACACUGUCUCCGCAACACUUUUGGCAACAAUGUACGUUAUCUCACAUCCGUAUGUGGAGGGACAGGAAAAGAGCAUUGCAAUAGAGAACAAGGCUGCAGGAGACUGGUUCAAACUUGCGGACUUUACGUCCAAGGCUCUGCCGCUGGAACAAGGAGCUCCAACAUUGCAAACAAUCCAAUCAAUACUUUUAAAACUUAAUCAGAAGCCGUUGGUGAUCAGAAACGCAAAUUCGCCAUGCCACUGGUCCCAAUCUGCCUCUUUAGUUGCCUCAUCGCAAGAGCUUGGGCUUCAUCUUGAUCCCCUGGAAUGGGACAUACCUCUACCAGAAAAGCGAAUCCGACGCAGACUUUGGUGGGCUGUUUAUGUGCAAGACAAGUGGGAAAGCUUUGGGCUAUCAAGACCAUCCCAUAUCCAAGACCAUGACUUCAGCGUUAGUGACAUAUCAGUAAGUGAUUUUUUCGAAAACGAAGAUGAAGCACUCGAAAACAUCAAUGUGAUUGGCAUCCACAUAUUUGUUGCCAUGGUCAGACUCACCAAGGUUCUCUCGGAACUGUUGUUCUCGUUUUUCUCCGUGAAAUCAUUUUUACACAGACCACAGUCCCCUGAAGAGGCUCUGGCUACAGGAAUCGGUUUCAUGAAUCGCAUCAACGCCGUUGAAAGUGUUUAUUUUCCCCAAUCCUGUCCCGAAAGACUUUUGGGAGCGAUGGUGUCAUUGCAUGUAGCUAAAGCUGCGUUAGCUCUGUCUUGCUGUCGGUCUGUGCUCUACAUCGAUGCCAAUGCUUGUUACCAUUCUUUAUCAGAGCGAGCAUUUGACUACGUAAAAGAGUUCAACUCUUAUCUUUCAAGUUUGGAUAUGAAGAAUCUCGAUACUUUCUGGUGGUCCUACUCGCGAGUUAAUUUUUCCAUCGUUGGCUCCUGUCUUCUUGCAUUCUACGUUAUUGGAACAACUAACGGUGAGGGCGAAACUUGGGAAGAACAAGUGGAAAUCUAUCACUCUAAUCUGAAAACUAUAACGAAGCAUACACACGUCACAGAGCUCGCUCUACUAAGGUUUGGUUUACUGUACAUGAAAAUAAAACAAACGUCAGCGCAGAAAAUGCAACCAGUCCACAACUCUAGUGUCCCUGAAGUACAAAAGAUACAUCCGCUGCUUACAGACGAUGAUAUCUUUGCAGAGUGGUUAUCAACAAAUGGGCUUGAGGUUUCAAGAGAUAAUUGA